AGUGACGUCGGUCCGGUGUUGUGUGCGGUCAACGGCAAGUAAAGUUGACCACCUGCAGGUUUGUACAGCCAGGUGUCCAGUCAUGUGGCCUGUAAUUUGGACAGCAGUGCGGACCUAUGCCCCUUACGUCACCUUCCCUGUAGCCUUUGUGGUGGGAGCAGUGGGUUACCACCUGGAAUGGUUCAUCAAGGGGACACCCAAACCUCGGGAGGAGGAGAAGGGCAUCCUUGAACUGAGGGAGGAGCGCAAACUGGAGGAACAAAUGGGAUUAGACAGCACCAAGGUCCUCAGCCUGAAAGAGAAACUGGAGUUCACGCCCAAAGCAGCUCUGAACAGGAACCGACCGGAAAAGAGUUAACCUGUGCUGCCGGGAGAGACACACGUAGACGUCGUCAGGUGUUGGGCACUCAGGAGGGGACGCACCGACCCUGCGUUCACCUUGACACAAUGUCCUGACUUGUGGUCCUGCAAAAGCUUUGACUGACACAUAAUGUUUAAACGUCACAUAUUUCAUCUCUUACUGAGUCCAGUCUGAGGUGGAUAUUUCUCUUUAGUUGUGCAGAGAUCGCGGAUUAAGUGGCUGCUCGGAAACGGCCAGACAACAUCUUCGGUUUUGUUCAUGUCUAGCUGUGGUACAAUGACAGAAAUAUUCUGUUUGAAUGCAUGAAUGUGAUUUCUUUGAUAAAUUAUUUUCAUGGAGCCAGCCUGUAGUAAUCUUAUUUUUUUCUUUUUAGUAAUUUUCUGCAUGUUUAGGGGGGAAUUUUGAUUGUGAUUGGAUGAGAGUUUGUGACCCCCACAGAAUUCUCAGAAUGCUGAAACUGUUCAGGGCUGUCCUGCUUUCACUUCAGGACAUCUGGCUGAUAUUCAGACAAUAUUAGAGCUCAGAUGUGCAAUCUUACUGAGAGUAUAAAUAAAUGAAAUGGGAGCGCUGAUAUAGUCAAGUUGCACUUUGUUUUAUGAGCAGACCAACAAAGUAAUAAGAGGGGCCAUUGCUUUAUUACAGAUGAAUUGUUUGACAUUAAAUUCAGAACAAAUGUGUUCCCACAUGAAUUAAAAACAAUACUUAAACAAAGGAUACAAAUUAAGAUCAAAGUUGGAGGAAGGAAGUCAUCACUUUGCCCGCUCUGGAUCAAGAAUGAAAAUGUUUCUGCAGGAAAA